AUGAGUCCAAGCGCAAUCUUGCUCAGUGGGACAUCGCUAAGUCCAUGGGCGUACCAAAGGAACUACCAGUUAUAUUCGAGGGAAUUGAUCAGAAAUAUAGAUCCUGCAAACUACCAUAAAUAUAAUACUUCUCAAACUAUUUACGACUAUCUACAGUUGUACCAAGGAUUUUUCUUUGCGCCGGUAUACGAGCACGAGCACGAUGGUGCUUUUUUGACCAAACAGGCAUACGAAGCUAUGGAAGAGGGAGAUUUCAAUAAAGUACCACUUAUGAGUGAUCAUGAUUUUGUAAAAUCUGUGCUAAAGUUCGCUGAGCAGUUGGUGAAACACUCGCAAAACCCAUACCUCUACCAGUUCUCUUACAAAGGUGUCUUGGGUUUUCACAGAAAUCAGUCAGCUUGUGGUUGGCGUGGGAGUUCGCUCAUUCAGCAUCACUGACAGUUGUACCCCAGAGCUUACACAGACCGUUCCGUAUUUUCACUGGAUACAGUUUUUUAUCAAAUUAAUAAGCAUGUCAUCCUCAAGUUAUGAGGCAACUAUAGAAAAUAAUGGCAACGACCUGCAGUUCAUCGCAGAUGAAAUUGCCAUUGCUCCCAUUAUUUUCCAAAAGUCACAAGUGCCAAAAAUAAAAAUGAGAAAGGACGAUGCCUAGAAGAAGAUGUUGAAAAAAUAGGAAUCAACAUUCGGUAAACCAUUAGAUACUAAAG